AUGCAGGAAGGUUAUUACCUUUUUAUCGUGGUCCGGAACAACUCGUCUUCGUGGACGAAAUAUCAAAAGACGGGCGGAGCGUUUUACGAAAACACGCAUGGUCGAAACGAAGAACACCAGCCGUCGUCAGCCUACCAUCCGCACGAGGUCAACGUCGUCGCGUGCACGAGUGCACUACUCGGCAGGCCGUCAACCAGAUAA